AUGUCUUCUCAAAGAACGAUCCCUGAAGAAUUAUAUUACUUACGCCCAAACCAUGACUUGCGCCGUCUUCGCAAAGCCGAACUUAAGGACAUUCUUAUGAAGCACGGUGUCCCAUAUGGUUCUUUGAUGACAAGAACCGAACUGCUCCACCUGUUCAAAAACAAAGUUCUCAGUAGACGUGAUGAUAUAAUAGACACGUACUACACCACCAUGAACAAUCAAAAUCUUAUUGAUGCUGACGGGUUUGUUAUGCCAACAUCAAGUCUCAACAGAAAGCCUGUUUACCCUUACGGUGCAGAGGAUUCGUUUGCGGAGUCUGAAGAUGAUGCUCCCGUCCAUGAGCCAUCUUCCAGUUCAAGCGCCACUCAGUAUAUCUCUGAUAGUGUUAACCAGUGGUUUUCGUCUAAGCAGCAAGAUCGACCUGAGAAAAACAGUACAACUGAAAUAGAAACAAAUGCUGCUCAUUUCGAUCCCUAUGACUCCUUUGUCUCAGAUAACGAUGAACUGGCCAUCGUGCCUACUACCCAGUUAUCAUAUCCUGGAACAACUAAUGAUGAUAACAAGCCUAAUGUUGAGAAUGAGCUUGAUGUUAAGCAAGUCGAUACCUGCAAAAGUAGUCCUGAGCCUAAGCAGGCUACUUCCAUUGAAAAUAAUCCUGAUGCUGAGCCAGUAACAAUUGAUGAUGAGGAGCAAGAUGUCACCGAUGAAGAUCGUAACAGCGACGCUUCUUAUGAGGUUUGCGCUCCCAGUUCUGGAAGCUCGCACAGCUCUUAUGCUUCUGAAGAUUCAAAUGAUCAGUCUUCUGGCGACGAAGACGAUAGCUUUGACUCCGAUUAUUAUCCUGAUGAUGAGUCUGACGACGAGUCUGACAAAGACAACGAUGAGUUGAGAAAGGGAAUUGAUGAAAAGGAAUUAGUCUAUUUGCAGUCAGACAGCUCUCUUCCGCCUGAAAGCCUCCGUCAGCUGUAUGAGCAAAGACAGGCAUACUCAGAGAGGUUUACAGUUAGAAAAAUGAUCAUGGUUAUUAUUAACACUUGUGUUUCUUAUUUCCCUUUUAACGCACGCAAUCACUUACUGCCAUUCAGAUUCUUAUUUACUACCCUUGCUCUUUCCCUUAUCCUCUUCUUAAUGAUAGUUACUCUCUUCAGAUACAAAAAUGGUUAUUGCAGUAAUCAUAAAGCACAAGGAUAUCAAUCCUUGUACUAUUCGUACUUUCCUUCGACAUGUAUUCCAUGCCCUCAAAAUGGUAUCUGUGUCAAUGGUAAACUAAAUUGUGAGCCAAUUUACGUACGUCAGCGUCCACUGUACAAUCCAGGUGGACUAUUACCUAUAGCUGAUAAAUGCGUACACACCGCUGACAUGAUAAGGCAGAUCAAUAAGGCUAUGAAGCAUAUGGAACAAUCUUUGACUACCGCACAAGGGAAUCUGAUAUACAAUGAAUACAAAAGAAACCUUAGGCAUCAAGAAUUACCACAAAACAUUGCUGCUUUUUAUCAGAGUGAUUUCUUGGAUGAGAUGAAGAAGUAUAUUAACAAUGAUGAAUUAACUACAACUGAAGUUUAUGGCAUACUCAAUCUAGCCUUGAAAAAACUGACUGGUCAUCCUACAGUCUAUGUCUGGGAAAAUAAGGAUGGUGUGCCUAUGAUUGGGACUACCUCUGCUAUUUUUCCUUUUAGGUAUUAUUUACUGAGAGCAAGUUGUAGGCUCUUCUAUGGCGACACACGAUACAUUAUACUCUCUGUUAUUCUUACUGUUAUGGCGAUUCCUGUAGUGGCUGUCGGCAAAGUAUACAUCAAACGUCGCCAUGCAUACAAGGAUAAAAUCAAUCAUUAUGUAUCUGAUAUACUCGUGUGGCUCAGAGAUCCGCAUGAAUUUUAUGUACAGAGACCAGCGAGAGCCUACCAGACAUUGAAGAAUUCAGGAGUUAUCCCUGUUGAUACUCUUAGAGCAGAAUUGAUGCACAUUAAUGAAGAUUGUAGUGUGAAGGACUGGGACCAAGUGGUCAAGCUUGUACAUAAAAAUCCAAAUGUCCUCCGCACUAUAUACGAAGUACAAGGCCAUUUGGUAGAAUGCUGGGGACUCACUCCUGUGAGUUAUAUUCCUCAAAGGUCUAGUAUUCUUCAAACAAUUGUAAAUAGAUUCUUUUAA